AUGGCCAAUUGGAGUAUGAGGAUAUCGCUGACCCUUUCGUUUACACUUGCCUGGGCCUACCUCGGAAUCGGCGCUCUCCUUGCCCUCGCGAUACCUGAUCAGCCUUCCAAUGGCUCUAGCGGAGAAGACGAAGACGUUCUUACUCGCGCCAGGUCAGACUCGCUAUUCCCAUCGUUCCACACCUAUAUCCAGAGUCUACAGCCAGUCCUGCGGAGUCGUAUUGGCAUGCUUACACUGCCGAUAUUCUUCGUUGGCAUGUUCCGCAUGGCUAUUAUCAGUGUCAUGAUGCAGUUCCCUAGGAUUCGUUUCGAUUGGACAUUCUUGCAGGUCACAGAGCUUUUCACAGCCACAGCAGUAAUGAACCUCGUUAUCUUUCUGGUCAUUGUGCCUGGUUGCUUGCGGUGGCUUCGCUCAAAGGACAUCACCAAGGAACUGGGCAUCCAGGUCAUGAUGGUGCGGUGCAGCCUGAUAUCUACAGGCUUUGGGUGCUUACUGAUAGGCAUUUCCCCCUCUACAAUCCUCCUGUGUAUAGGAACCGCCCUGUUCACAAUAUCUCAAAUUACUCGACCGCCGCUUGUCGCCAUUGCUACGCUAUCGGUCCCGGAAGCAUCGCGGGAGGAUCUCUACGGGCUGAUUCAGAUGAUCGAGAACAUUACCUUGUUGGUGGCCGAGCCGAUAAUGCAGCAGCUUCUCAGCGCUGGGCUUACAAAAUCCAGUGGGUGGUGGGGCAUACCGUUCGUAUUUGCUUCGGGGCUUUAUGCUGUAUCAGUUGCAUUUUCAUUGUAUCUGUGA